GGAGAGAGAGAGUCUCGUGUUCGGGGAAGUCUUUUGUAUGUAUGUACUCCCGCACGAAGCGAUGGACCCUCUCUCUGAACGGGUCCCGACUCCCGACUCCCGACGCAAGCACCAGUCGAGUAGUGCUACAGUAGUGAUUGCUGCUGCUCGGGGACUGGACGGGCAGCCGUGGCCAGCCGUGGCGGCGCGUUUCCUUUCCUCUCUUUUGUCUCACGCCACGGAACGCGUCCUGACUCUCGAUCCCGACAGUGGUGUUUCUCCCGCUCGAUAUCGACUCCCGUCCGACCGGAUUCUCAUUGAUCCUGUGACUGAUGCGGUGAAAGUAUUCAAAAAAGAGAGAGAGAGAGAGAGAGAAAGAGAGAGAUUGUGUGUGUGUGCGCGCAAGUGCACGCACAUCUGACAAACUCCACGUGGUGCCGCACAACACGACGUAAAGACUACUCCUCCUACUGUGGAUAUCAUCUAUCGAAUAUCGCGACGAUCAAGCGAAGGACAUGAGGCGGAUCAUGGACCUGUUGGUCUGGACGCUGCUCCUAUUCGCGACGGCUGCUGGAGCAACGGUAGAAUGCCCACAGAAAUGCGUGUGCUACAACAACACGAUGCAAGUGCGAUGCAUGUUCCUAAAACUGAUCCAAGUACCACGAGUGCCCGCUAAUAUCACUGUCCUAGAUCUCCGAUUUAACAACAUCGCAGAAGUGCGUGCAGGAUCGUUUCACGGACUCGACAAAUUGUACACCCUGCUAUUAAACGACAACCACAUUCGACGGCUGCCGGUGGGUGCAUUCGAGGGCGCACCGAAUCUACGGAUACUCUACUUGUACAAAAAUCGCAUCGAGCACAUCGCACCAGGCGCGUUCGCGGGGCUGUCACGGCUUGAGCAGUUGUACCUGCAUCACAACCAUUUGCGGGAGAUCCGACCGGGCACGUUCAACGAUCUGCCGGCACUCGAGCGGCUGUUUCUGCACAGCAAUAAACUUCAUCGGCUGCCAGCGGACGCGUUCGUCAACGUCGGUCCGAUGACGCGACUGCGUCUCGACAGCAACGCGCUCAUCUGCGACUGCAAUCUGGUCUGGCUGGUCGAACGCCUGCGGGACAAGCCUACGGAGAUGGCGGCGAUUUGCCAAUCCCCGCACAAGAUGAAGGGUCGCUCCCUAACAACGAUGUUGCCCGAGGACUUUCAUUGCACAAAACCGCGUAUUAUAGAGGGUCCGGAAGACACUGCAGUGCGACAUGGUGACACGAUGACGUUGACGUGCCGAGUAACGGGUGAUCCAACGCCAAAGAUCAAGUGGAUGAAGAAUAAAUGGAGAUACUCGUGGGAGGCGGGUUACGAUAACGAAAAGUACGUGAUCCACGAGGAUGGCGAGAAAUAUGUAAUCCGCGAAGACGGCACCUUGGUGAUUUCUGACACGACCGAGCAGGACAGUGGAAUGUACGAGUGCGUAGCCAGCAGUGAUAUGGGCUCGACCAAAUCCAGAAAGGCCAGAACGGUGAUUACGGCGGCAUCUCAGUUAAUACUCGCCGAAAGACCGGAAUCGCAGAACGUGAGCGUUGGUGUUAAUGUGACCUUCUCCUGCCGAGCGUUGGGUAAUCCCAGACCUGAUGUUCGCUGGUUUCGAAAUGACCAAUCGAUUCCCUUUAGCGACAGAAUUUCGCUCGAGAACGACGGCACUUUACUACGUAUCCUCGCGGUUAAGGAAACUGACGCGGGCAAAUACGAUUGUUAUCUCAGGAGUAUCGAUCAUACGGUCCAUCUCUUCGCGAACUUGAGUGUCGUCAACUUGACGGCGCCCCGAUUACUCUUCAGACCGCACGACAUGGAGGCGGAACCGGAUGCCACCGUCGAAAUACCUUGUCGGGCCGAGGGCAUCCCGAAGCCAGUGAUACAAUGGAAGAAGGACGGUAGUGCGCUCGAGGGCAACAGAGUCAAGAUCACGCGUGGGGGAAGUCUUCUUAUUUUUAACGUGACUCCGCAAGAUUCAGGAAGAUACGAGUGUUCGGCUAUAAACGAUUACGGCCGCGCAACCGCCGAUGCUUUGGUGCGCGUUCGGCAGCCCGGUGCAACGGAUACUCUCGUCAUACGAGCUUUUCAAAGUGCCACCGAGGAGAUCGAUCGUGCCAUUAAUAAGACGCUGUCGUCUCUCUUUAAUCCCGACGGCUCAUCCAAACACGUUAAUCCGUUCCGGCUGGCACGAUUUCCGAACGCGAUUGGACGCGCAGCUGCUAGACCCGCCGAGCUCUUCGAGAGGACUCUCGUCAACAUCCGACGUAUGGUGGAUGCCGGCAGUAAGGCAAACGUCACUGAUGAAUUUCGUUACGAGGAAAUCUUAACACCUGAACAGGUCCAAGAAAUCGAACGAUUGUCGGGAUGCACCGGUCAUAGACGUCGGCAGAAUUGCACCAAUAGAUGUUUCCAUCACAAAUAUCGGACCAUAGACGGCAGUUGCAAUAAUCUGCGCCAUCCUACUUGGGGCUCAUCACAUACGGGAUUCCGAAGAGUACUACAUCCUGUCUACGAGAAUGGUUUCUCGAUGCCAAUCGGUUGGGAGAAAGGACGACGCUACUACGGUUAUCCGAAGCCCGCUGCACGCCUCGUGUCGACCACGCUCAUCUCAACCCACGACAUUACGUCGGAUGAACAGAUCACCCACAUGGUGAUGCAGUGGGGUCAGUUUCUAGAUCAUGAUCUCGAUCACGCGUUACCGUCGGUGUCGAGCGAAUCGUGGGAUGGAAUAGAUUGCAAAAAGUCUUGCGACAACGCCGCGCCUUGCUUCCCGAUGGAAGUGCCGCCAGGUGAUCCGCGCAUCAGCAACAGGCGUUGUAUCGACUUUGUCAGAAGCAGCGCCGUCUGCGGUUCCGGCGCGACUAGUAUACUAUGGGGGGGCAACCUGACACCUCGGGAACAGCUGAAUCAGCUCACUAGCUACCUGGACGCAUCGCAAGUCUAUGGCUACGACGACGAGUUGGCGCACGAUCUGCGCGAUCUCACGACGGAUCGUGGAUUGCUCCGGGAAGGUCCCACGCUUCCCGGUCACAAGCCUCUACUGCCCUAUGCGUCCGGCCAGUUUGUCGACUGUCGUAGGAAUCCACUGGAGAGUUCGAUCAAUUGCUUUGUAGCCGGUGACAUUCGCGCCAACGAGCAAGUCGGCCUGCUAGCCAUGCAUACCAUAUGGCUGCGCGAGCACAACCGCAUCGCUCGCGCGCUACGCGAGAUGAAUCCACACUGGAACGGCGAGAAGCUAUAUCAGGAAGCGAGACGUAUCGUCGGCGCCGAGAUGCAGCACAUCACUUAUCGGCACUGGUUGCCGCGGAUAUUUGGACCGGCGAUCGACGACUUUUUGUCGUCGUACCGAGGCUACGAUCUCAAUAUCGACGCCAGCAUAUCCAACGUUUUCGCUACCGCCGCUUUGCGUUUUGGUCAUUCGCUCAUUCAGCCACGUCUACAGCGCCUGAACGCGUCCUUCCAACCGAUUCCUCAAGGUCCUCUCGAUCUGCGAGAUGCCUUUUUUGCGCCCUGGCGACUAGUGGAGGAAGGUGGCGUCGAUCCGCUGAUCCGGGGUAUGUACGCCACGGCGGCGAAACUGAAGCUGCCCGAACAGAAUCUCAAUGUUGAGCUCACCGAGCAGUUGUUCCGUACCGCACACGCGGUUGCGCUGGACUUGGCGGCGAUGAAUAUCCAGCGAGGAAGAGAUCACGGGCUUCCCGGCUAUCUAGAGUGGCGCGAUUAUUGCAACAUGUCGCGCGUGGAAACGUUCGAACAUUUGGCUAACGAUAUCAACAGCGGUCGAGUGCGGCAGAAGCUGCGCGAAUUGUAUGGCCACCCAGGCAAUAUAGACGUCUGGGUUGGUGGUAUUCUCGAGGAUCAGUUGCCGGGGAUGAAAGUCGGACCGCUGUUCAAAUGUCUUCUAUUGGAGCAAUUCCGGCGAACCCGGGACGGCGAUCGGCUCUGGUAUGAAAAUCCGAGCGUCUUUCGCGCGGAACAGCUCGCACAAAUCCAGCAAGUGUCGCUAGCCAGAAUCUUGUGUGACAACGGCGACAACAUUACUCGCGUGCAACCCAACGUGUUUCUCCUGUCGUCCGAAGGUCGUAACGAUUUUGUCAGUUGUGACGAGAUUCCUUACGUAGACUUGAGCGCCUGGUCCGAUUGUUGCGACAAUUGCCAAGAUCGUGACAGUACUAUCUCUCGCGUGCGCAGAGAAGCUCAGAAAUAUUUUGCACCCAGUCACGAUUACGUCAAAGACAUGGAUUUGUUGAACCAUGACGAGAAAGUUAAAUACUUGCAAAGGAUGUUUGAAGAAAGUAAUCGAGAGGCUAAGAGGUUGCGAGAACAGGCUGAUGAUUUGUCGCGAAAAGUAAAAGAACUCGAAGCAUUUUUGAAAGACAUUAAAGCACGACAAUAGAGAAAUAAAGUGUGUACAAGGCUUCGUCCUUUCUUUCUCUAUUGCAAAUAGUCAUGCUCUUACAUUUAUAGCAUAUGCCAUAUUCUUUAUGUAUUUGUUAUUGUAAAUAGAAGCAUUCUGCGCAGAA